UCAUUGAGCUCAGCUGAGUCAUUUAUCCCGGAUGUCUUAAUUCUACUUUUGUGCAACAGGCCCCUGCACGGUGCCAGGGGAGUUGUUUCUAAAUCGGGAUGUAGCAUAAUGCUAAAAAUGCCUAUUGCCUAUUGGAGCAACAGGUGAGAGGGGGUUCAGUCACACAGUCAGAGGGUCCAGAGUCACAUCUAUCUCAUUCUCUCAUCCUCUCUGAAACACGAUGCAUCUCUUCUGGUGGAUCACCCACAUCUUUCUAUCCCUCCCUUCUCUCCUCUCUCUUGUCCAAUCCCUCACGUGCAACAAGGAGAGACAGUAUGCUUGGCCACUGUCUGUAAGCCAAUGGUGCUGCAACAAGUGUCCACCAGGUCAGCAUAUGGUGAGACGCUGCGCCGGUCAGAACAGCCCUACCCAGUGUGCUGACUGCACCAGCGGCUACUACUCAGACAGCUACAACUUCGACAUAAGCUGCAAAUCCUGCGAUGGCUGCAGCAUGAAGCUGCAGUAUGUGUCUCGCUGUUCCACCAAGCAGAAUGAUGUGUGCAGCUGUAAACCAGGCUACCGCUGCAGAGGCAGUGGCACCUGUCRGYACUGUGAGGAGAUCCCCAGCCCGAACACACCCAAACUCAUACCGACACCUCCCAUCAUGCCAGCUACAGUGUCAAACCACUCGGUGCCUGGUAUCUCUAAUCAUAGACUUAAACCUGUCACCAAACCUGCUACUGGGCCCAACACAAAACCAAACCAAGAUGAUAGCAAGUGGCUCCCGGUGUGUGUGUCUGCAGUGUGUGUGUGUCUACUGCUCACCUGCCUUGUUGCCAUCUCAAAGCUCAAACCUGUUCUGCGAUGGAUUGGUUCAACAAACAGCUUCUGGUCUCCCAAAAAGACUACUCCAGCGAAUCAGAGCACAGCGGAAGAGGAAGUGCCCAUGCCGAUCCAGGAAGUGUGUGGAAAGCCAGAGCUGCUACUGGACGUAUGAUGGAGGAUGUGGGUGUCGAAGGAGAGGAUGAGAACUCACAAGCGAGCUGGGAGACCCAGGAGACAAACAGACUACCUCACAUUCCCAUUGAUGUGAAACUAACCUGAAGGCUAGACAGGCUGCUGUAUUGUUUUAAUGCAGUGGCUUCUGAUCUAGGCCUUUCAGAGAGGACAAGAAAAUAGGACAAAAAGACACUUUGAAGUAUCAAGACACAGGCUAAAGAUGAGAGGGAGUCUGUGACCGAGAAAGAGCAGAGAGUGAGAUUGAGAAACGAAGAGUGAACAAGACACACACACACACACACACACACACACACACACACAAUCAUUUGUGUGCUGAAUACAUGUACUGUACAUGUUUAUGUUGAAGAUGUUUUACACCUUCAUUACAAUUAUGCUUUUUGCUGUAUCUAUGCUUUAUGCUAGUGUUAACUCUUACAUAGUAGUGGCUGUUUAAAAUAUACAGUGCUGUAUUUUAAAUAAAGAACAGAAUCACAAAUGUUA